UUUUGUGUUUGUUAUGUAGAGUAUGGCGGCGGAUACUGACGGAGACGUUUUACCCAGUUCAAACUAAAGGAAAGCUGCAAUUGAAACAUUUUUGCGAUCGAUGGUGUUUCGACUGACAUUUUAUAACAUCGACGCAACAUGUUUUUUCUUGGAAUCUUCAGAAGAUUACUGGACAGGUGAUGCGCCAGCGAGGAGCUGCAGCCAAACUUGUCUCAGUUUUCCGCGUCUGCUCUGUCAGUCAGCUAACUACCUAGCCUUCCUAGGUAACUCUUUCCGACUCGGCUAACGUCAACUUUUGAAAGGAGGCCAGUUUACUGCAUACUCGUUUUGAGUUGCUUGUCAAAAUAACACCAUUUUGCCUAAAGUAACACCAUCCAGGCGUUCCAGUUGAUCACGACUAUUCACCCGAAGAGGCUCGACUACUGUUCAGCUAAAUGACAAGUUCUUAGCGCGUUAGCUUAACUAGCCAUAUAGCUAGCUACUUUUUAUAACUAACGGUGUUAUUGCACGAGGCCUAUACAUCUCUACUUACCUCUAUAAUACUCGUUUUAGUUUUAAGGUUUGUCUUUGAAGCUGUUUGGAAACAUUAUGCUUCACGAUUAGAAUGAUUUGUUGCUGUUUGGGGCCCUGAAACUCAAUAUUAGCCUGCUAGCCUGCCUGAGUUGGGAGUGGCUAGAGGUUGCAUUAGCUAGUAGCCCUUUAGCUAGCAAACAACCUCAGAUACUCACUAUUUUACACCUGUCCAUAGUGGGUAUGGUAAACAACUUAAUAUUAACUCAGUCUCUAUGGAAAAAAACACUUAUUGACGACCUAUUGAGCCGCGGGUGUGUUUCAAUGGCUAGCCGUAUCAUCAGCAGGCGCAGGGAUAGGAAACCUUGCAUUGGUCAGAUACAUUGUGUGAACUAGCUAUCUGGAUUUAUCCGAUGGGCUAAAGAUUAGCUGCCUGCCGCUAACCUGCGCGGCAUAAUAUAGCUUCUAUCACUAUACAUUUUGAUGGACGUGGGAAGAUAUUUUCUAGAUUGCUACUGUUACUAUCGUCAUAUGAUUGUGGCUGUGCUGUAUUGUGGCCUGUACGUAGUCGUGUUGAGUCAUUCACUGGACGUAAUGUAGAAAGAUAGACAUAUUUAUUUUGUAAUUGUUACGUUUAUACAGGAGGUUUUACGUGUCUCGUUGAAUCAAAAGAAAACGUCAAAAUGAUUAGCUCGCUAGUAGUGCCUAAAUUAAAAUAGAAUAGCCAGGUUACAUGGUUUAACACAACAGCCGAGGAAGUUAGUCAUUCUGGAUCAAGAAACCUUGUCUUUCAUCGCUGGUUGGAGUAACACUCCCAAGACAAUAUCAAUGCCUUCAGCGCUGGCCGUCUUCUCCUGCCGUCCGAAUUCACACCCUUUUCAGGAACGUCAUGUCUACCUGGACGAGCCAGUCAAGAUCGGGCGCUCUGUGGCGCGAUGCCGACCCGCUCAGAACAAUGCGACGUUCGACUGCAAGGUUCUGUCACGGAACCAUGCCCUGGUCUGGUUCGAUCACAAGACUGGCAAGUUCUACCUCCAGGACACUAAGAGCAGUAACGGAACGUUUAUCAACAGCCAGCGUCUGAGCCGGGGCACGGAGGAGAGUCCUCCCUGUGAGGUCCUCUCUGGUGACUUCAUCCAGUUCGGCGUCGACGUCACAGAGAACACCCGCAAAGUCACCCAUGGCUGCAUAGUGUCUACAAUCAAGCUGUUUCUACCGGAUGGCAUGGAAGCUCGACGACGAUCAGAUGUCAUCCAAGCACCUUUACCACUUCCUGUUGAUAAGGUUGCAGCCAACACCCCCAUUAUGUACUCUCAGGAACUCUUCCAGCUCGCCCAGUAUCUGCAGGAGGCCCUACACAGGGAGCAGAUGUUGGAGCAGAAGUUGGCAACGCUGCAACGCCUACUGACCACCACACAGGAGGCUUCAGAGAGCAGCUGGCAGGCUCUGAUCGAUGAGGACCGGCUUCUCUCCAGACUAGAGGUGAUGGGCAGCCAGCUGCAGACCUACUCUAAAAACCAAACGGAGGAUGGGAUGCGUAAGGAGCUGGUGGGUCUGCAGGAAGACAAACACAACUAUGAGACUACGGCCAAAGAGUCCCUGAGGAGGGUCCUGCAGGAGAAGAUAGAGUUGGUCACGAAGCUGUCAGAGGUCGAGCGAAGCCUGAGUAACACGGAGGAUGAGUGUUCCCACCUGAAGGACAUGAAUGAGAGGAACCAGGGAGAGAUCAGAGAACUGGCUAAUAAAUACAACGGGGCCAUCAACGAGAUCAAAGACCUCACUGACAAGAUCAAGCUGGCAGAGGGCCGCCAGGAGGAGUUGACUCAGAAGGGUCAGCUGGAGAAGAAGGAGCUGCAGCUUUGUAUUGAGGAGAAGGAGGAGAAGGAACAGACUCUACAGGCUCGUAUUGAGGCCCUGCAGGCUGAUAACGACUUCACUAACGAGCGCCUCACUGCCCUGCAAGUUGGGUUAGAACAGCUGCAGGAGAAAAGCACCAAGGACAACAGUUUAGCUGUGAAGAACUUGAAAGAAGCAGUGGGUUCGUCGUUGCACAAGCUGGCUAACUUUGAUGAGGUGAUCGAUGCCCACCUGCAGAACAGCCAGACGGCACCAGGAGACCGCCUUGCCAGUCCUGACAGACUCAAAGAAAACCAACUGGAUGCUAAAGAAUCUGACAUUUCAGAUACACUGAGCCGCAGCAAGGACCGCAGCAGUGACGACACCUCAGACGGAAACAUGGAUGAUCAUGAGCUGAACGAGCCACAGAACAGGGUCGCCCUGCUCAAAGAUGAGCUGCUGAGUACCAACCUGGAGCCUGGGGACAGAGAGCAGGUGAUUCACCACCUCCACAGAGAGCUGCUGGAGGCCCAGGAGUUGGCCAACACAGGCAAGCAGAAGUGUCUGGACCUCCAGGCCUUACUGGAAGAGGAGAGGAGGAAUAACACGCAGCAGACUGAGGAGUCAGCCAAGCAGAUCCAGUACCUACAGAGCCAGUUGGGAAAGCUAGCGGUAGAUAUGGAGGAGUUGAAGGAGCAGAGAGAGAGCAGCAUUGGCAGCACACAGGAGGAGCUGUACUCGGCUCAGGAGGAGGUGCUAGUCCUCCGCCACGCCAUGGAGGCCGCCACGGCCGAGAGGGAGCGCGACAUCGCCGCCCUGCAGAGGGACCUGGGAGGUGUCACGGCCGAGCUGGAGAAGUGGCGGCAGGCUGCGGCAAAAUACGAACAGGAGAUCAACUCCCUGCAGGCCACCUUCCUACAGCAGAGCCAGCACCAGCAGAGAGCCCACCAGCUACAAGGAGAGUUGGACCGUCUUCAGAAGGACUGCUCCAGUCUGCAGCAGGAGUGUGAGUGGCUCCGUUCUGAGAAGACGACCCUCGUGGACAGACUACACGGACUGGAGACUGAACUGGACAGUUCCAGGGAGCAGACUGCCAGUCUGAAGACGUCCCAGGGAGAGAUGCAGAGUAGACUGGGCUCACUGCAGGACCAACACCUCCAGGAUGCUAACAAGCUGCAGACACAGCUGGCCCAGGCUGCUAGCAGGACACACAGCCUGCAGAGAGAGUAUGAGGACACUCAGAACUUGCUGUGUGAUCUGAGGCAGUGUUAUGAGAGGACAGAGCUGGAGAAACGCUCCAUCAACGACGAGCUGGAACAGUGUAAAGUCAACCUCAAACUGCUGCAGGACAAGGGCAAGAAUACUGGUUGGAUCCCCUGGAUGCCAGUUGUAGCAGUGAUGGUAGCAGUGACGGCUGUGGUGCUUUAUCCCAACCUCUCCAAGAGCACCCCCACCUGAGACCUUACCUAUUACGAGUCCUGUACCACGUCUUCACCUGGCAUCUCUACCUCUGCCCACACCAACCCCCUGCCCCUUUUGAUUCAUCUAUUGAUUACCUCUGGUUGUUUCCCCUACAGAAAGUCCCACUGCUUUAAACUGUACAAAGUCUAACUGUGAGGGAGAGAGGA